AGCUUAUUCAGGCCUGACAGUCCCUUUAGUUAUUACUAUAUCUAGUCAGAACAUCAAUUUUCGUUGGGCGGUAAAAACAGGGGUGUAAUGUAGCAGUUAUGUGUAGUGCUGGCUAGUCUUGUUGCAGUUUGCAUGGAGAUGGUGGCGGGCGUGGGAGCGGAGUUGUUGGUGGAGGCGACAUUGUUCUGUCGUGCGGCGAGUUGUGCGACAGAAGUUGCGAAGGCAUUAGUUCUUGUUUGUGCAUGUGCGAAACCUUCUAUUACUGGUCAGAGUGUGGUUGCUGCGUCGGCAGUGUGUCGCUGUGGCGCUGGAAUGGUGUUGCUAAUGGCGUUUAUUGUCGUGCCGUUAUUAGAGCCGUGUGUCACGUGGGCAGUGGUAUUUGUUACGGGGCUGAGAUUAGCAGAUGUUGUGCUUCGCAAAGGUGUGCUUGUUGCUGCAGGCGUCUGUCUGUCUUGGUGUAAUGGCAUCACGUGUGCUGUAGUCACGGCAGGUGUAGCUGUUGUUGGGGUAACAGUGGGAGUGGUUUCGGAAGGCUGUUGGGAUGACCUGCUUUGCGAAGUGACCGUCUUCGUGACAAAGACAUCGGGGGAUGUUCCAAACGAUGUGCCACGUGGGGGGGUGGAUGUGUUGGCGGAGAUGGUGGGAUUACUGACAAGCGAUCUAUUGCAAGAACAUGCGGAGCAGCAGAUUGGCUUUGUUGAGUGGGAGGCUGUGCUCGAAGCACCUUUGAGCGGUCGCAGCAAUAUGCGUGGUGUAUUGAGCAUAGGGGAUGGUUAUGAGUGGUAAUGAGAGCAUAAGCUGGGUUAUCUUUUCUGGGUAGUGUGCAUGCUCAUCAUGACUGAUCUUGUUGCUGCGGAUUCGAGGGGGGUCUUAUUCUAGCCUGGAGUAUAAGCCUGGUUAUACGAGUGGUGUAAAGUUGGGUAGCGUUUUGUCUGCAAACCCCUAGAUUAAGGCAGCAUGCGUACUACGAGGAGCGUAGGUUGCCUUAUGGAUCGUUUCUAGUGUGGGGCCAAGUAAGCGUUGGGUAGCGUUCAUUAAAUAACUAAUCUAAGCACGGUUGGAGCAGGAUGAGUAACAGUCAUUAGAACAUGAGUUAAUAUGAAUGCAUAGUGUAUAGCAUGGAAGAUUUCAAGUGAAUCCGGGAUGGAUUUACAGGACUUGAGAAUGAAUAACCGAAGAUUCG